GCCCAAACCUGUAAACCUGUCACCUUGUCAGGCGUGGUCGUCGUCUCCCAAUCCUGCGGAUCACUUGCCGGGUCUCUUGACGUGUACGCCAGCGUGUCCGAGACGCGCCCCACCUUGCAGUCUCUCACCGGCUCAUUCGCAAGCAUGACAAAGGUCUCCGCGUCACCGAAUCCAUCAACGCCGGUCCUCGCUAAUACCGAUGCUCGCUGCCAUGAUCGAGCGUUUCACAGUUCGGCAUAGCAAUAAAGCGCGAGUCAUGUACCCGAGCGAGCAAUCCACUGUACGUGUGCUUGGCGCCGGCGCUGGGUGCCCGUCUGUCCUCUCUUUGCAAGUCAUCAGUGCAUGUGUGCCAAAAGCUUAUUGUCGACGCGGGGUGAAAGAACUGCAGUAACUGUGGGGCGGCACUGCCUCCAAGUCGCUGCACGGCACUUGCCGCUGCUUACAGCCCGGCACCUGGAAAGGGGGGCCACCCCGUCUUGCCCGUCAGUCAAUCGAAAGGAAUCGCUGGUGACGAUGAUGCCUUUGCUGCGCACCCACCCGGUGCACAGCAAUGGACAUCAUCGUUGCCACCGACGCCACAACGCCGCACCUUCCACCAUCGCCUGUCCCUUUCUGUCUUCCUCCCAGUGUCGCCGGAGCGUGCUAUGCACUCGCUGCACUCGCCUGCGCCCUGGGAUGAGACUCCCAGUCGUCUUGAUGCGACCUAAGUUGUCGAACCGGACAAGAGAGGCAGGAACGCCCCAACCAUUUAAAAAUCUGCACUCGCAGUGAGAAGAGCAGCACACGUCGUAGCUGCAAAUCAAUUGACUAUGGGAGGUAAGAAGCGCUACGUGAUGAACCCGUUCCCGUCGAUGGAGCUCUCGGCGGGCGACAAGAUGCAGAUGCAAAAGACUGCCAACGGUUUCCUCGCGGAAUGCCUACACUCGUACGAGAUUCACCUCAAGGAAGGUGGCCACAACGUGGACGAGCGUCGCUGGAAGCCACUUAAGACGAGGGAAAACCUGCGACUGUAUCUGGAGCGCGAGGUGCGCACGACGACGGACGGGAACCACUCCAUGAUGAACGAGGCGUCGGAACAGGCUGGCACGCCCGUGUCGCUCUGUAUCGGCACGAUGCAGGGCACCCUGGACGACGUCGUGUUCGGCACGGUGAGCACGACGUCGGAGGACAUGUGCUUCAACGCCACGUACGUGGACGACCUUACGGGCGCGGCGGUGCUGGCUACCGUAGUGGAGCCUACGAUUGAGGAUCCAUUAUCGACGCUCGCACUGAAAUGGCAGGAACUGGACCUGUUGCUACACUCGAACAAGCGUGACUUUGUGUUCAUGGAAGCCACGGGUUUCACGCAACUGGGCAACGGCGAACGCGUCGGAUACCGUUUGAUGUACUCGAUCGGCUUCCCUCAGACGCCAGAGCUGCCGAACCGCGUGCGCGCCAGCGUCAACGUCUUCUUCCUCUACCGUCAGGAGCACGACCAGUGCGUCGAGAUGUACGCGUCCGGUGUCGUCGCGAACGGGUCCAGCGUCGAGUCGUUCCUGGUCACGGCGUCGGCUAUGAAGUUCUUCACGGCCUUGAAGUUCGCCCACUGCGGUGAAAUGAAGAAGCUCACGUGGCUCAUGCACCGCCGUUAUGCGCUGGACAAGCAGCGUGGUGCUCCCAUCAGCGAGGGUGAGUGCGUGAACUGCGGUAUCCCCAUCAGCUCCAAGAUCUUCGGCAAGUUCGGCCGCUCUCGCGACUCGUGUAAGCUCUGCCAUCGCCUCGUAUGCGGCACGUGCCGUGUCAAGAAGCGCCUGAACUUCGUGACGCUCGAGAUGACGUUCGAGGAGCGCAAGACAUCGUUCUGCCCCUCGUGCAUCAAAGAGGCUUUUGAAAUUAACACAGCAGACGCCGCCCGCGCGCAGAUUGCUGGCAAUAAUUCGCAGUACGCCUUCCAUUCGGGUACGGAUUACUCCUUUGCGUCCUCCUCUGACUCGGAGCGCACCGUGUAAGGUCUACUCAAAUAACAAAUUCUCAUCCUGUUAAACUGUCAUGUGGUAAGUACUUGUAAAAUAUAAAGUUGCCUUCAACUUCAACGUAUUUCAUCCAAUCAUAUAUUUGAUUCUAAUUUAAGUGGACAAAAUACUUUUUUUUUU